CUCCCCAAAACUUCUGGGCAUAUAAAAGCCAAGCUAAGUCAUUUGUUUAAGCAGUAGGGAGUUUCUGCUAGGAUCUGGAUUGGAGCUACGCAAAGACCGGACCCUACCGUGCAUGAGUAAUAUUUAGACAUGUUCAGCUUUGUGGAUAUUCGGUUAGCGCUGCUGCUGAGUGCAGCGGUGCUUUUGGCGAGAGGUCUAAGCGAGGAAGAUGUGCCACCCGGUGGCUGCACAUUAGAUGGAAAGGUGUACAACGACAAGAGUGAAUGGAAACCAAAGCUCUGCAGGACCUGCUUCUGCGACGGUGGAUACAUCGCGUGCAACGAGAGGAUCUGCGUGGUCACACCCGACUGUGCCUACCCAAAAGGAGAGUGCUGCCCCCUCUGCCCUGGUGAUGGUACACCGCCUUGAUCCCACCUAGUCUCUGACAAUCUGAGGCUCGUGGGCCAUGAGUGGAUUGAGGCCCUAAGCCUGCCUGCUUGCCAAUAACAAAGCUUUACCUGUAGAAGACACUUAGAGUCUGGAUGUGUUGACCUCUGCAUCAUUGAUUUGAGCAUUUUUUAAAGGGAAUCUCUCAAUAGCCAACAUUUGUGGAGAUGCACGAGCCCUCGGUUCACAACCUGAUAAAUGCUAUUAUCUCAGAGAAGUAAGAAGC